GAGAACGGGCAGUUUCAGUUAGUUGAGGCACAGGGUUGGACAAAAGUAGUGAUGGCCACUGCUCAAGACUCUUCACUGGCUCACUGUGUUUCUGCAGACCUACGGAUGAGUGGAGGUAUCACACCAGCUUUUAAAAAGCUCUGUGGUGGAUUUGAAGCGCUGAAGAAACAAGGUUCAAAGAAUUUUCUUUUUCUUUACAUUUAUUCAUUGCCUCAUUAAAAUGUUAACUUUUUAUGCAACAUAACUUAAUUUAAAUUGCAUUGUUUUUUCUGAUAAAGAUUUAGUGACCAUUAAAUUAUUUUUCAAAAUCUGAAAGAAGACUUGUCAAUUCAUCAAGAAAAUGUUUCUAGUUAAAAAGGUGAUUGAAAUACAGUUGAUCUGUCUCUGUUGAUGGACACCCAUCUGAGCAGAAAAAGUAUACGUCGAGGAGAGAGGAGAGCCAGUGAGGGAGAUUGAGAGAAUAAUGUUAUUAUUAUGGAAAGACAUACCCUGAAGUAUGCUUGCAACUUUGUAUUUGUCUCGCCUUUCCUUAACAGCUGUAACCAUUUAAGUAGAUGUCAUUGAACAUUGUGGGGGUGGGCGAAGGACGUUUUUGGGUUUGACAUUUUCAAUUGUGGGAUUUUUUUUAGGUUACGAAAAUUUGGCAAUUCUUUUUUUGGGUGGCUUGAUUUCAUGGUGGCGUCUACAUAUCGUGGCUGCAAAACACAAACAUUUAAUUUCUAAUUUACUUUUCGUGUUAUAUAAUUUAAUGCUUUCUUGAAAAUUGUAAGGCUUGGAAAUUCAGAAUGGGAUUUUUUGGGGUUUUGUUGGAAGCCCUAGGGAUGUUUUUGGGGUUUGAUUUUUACCCCUAUUUGAUCAUCCCCAACACUUGAAAGCUGGAAUAUAACCUCCGCUGGGACCUCACUGCUCCUCUUCCAAGAAUUUCUGAUGGUCCUUGAACAUUAUUUAUGUACUCCUUGUCGAUUAUUAUUGAGUUGGUCCAAAACAUAUUCAGACAUCAGCUCACAGAGGGAUUGUUGGUUUGAAACCCCUCUCCCCGGGAAAUUCUAGUUUGGUUCAUAUUUUCCUUUUAAGACCUUCCACCAGAAUUUCUGGCGACUGUUUUAUGGGGUGGGAGUAGAUUUUUUCUGCUAACACAAUGAAUGUUUCUUGGAAUGCAAUAAGUCAACAGUUCAUGAAGUAAGGCAUGUGCCCAACCAUUCUUUAAAUUUUUGACAUCUGAAAUUUCACAUACUUUUAGUCAUGAAACCUGUCAGACUCCUUUCAUGUCCUUUUUUAUAUGUUUUAGUACACCAGAUGGUGCACAAUGUUCAUUAGCAUUCCUACUAUUUUGAUCUUAUUGACCGAUAAAAAUGUGGCACUGUCACGAUUUGCCAACAGAAAACGAAGUAUUGUACACCGUCAGAGAGCUUCCAACAUAGACUGCACCACGGUUUUUGAUUUUGCUGCCUUUCAUAACCUAGUCUCCGCUAAUAUAUGAUUUGAUAGCUUGAUUUAAGGUGAUGCCUUGAGUCAAACUUAUUUUUAAUGUAACUCUUUCUUUGCCAUUCUUUUAGAAAGGAAAGUUGGCGAGGUUGCCAUUUCUGAAAGGAAUGAAACAAGCUUUGUGUAUCACUUGGUAAGUCCAAAACUAUGGUCUAUAAGUUAUACGACACUAAAUAGACCUUUUGACUGGUUUUUCUUUUUCAACUUUUGACAUGGAAAAGUUCAGCAAAUUCCAUGGACACCACUGAAAAGACUGCCUUAAAAUUAGCAGCCUGCUUAGCAAGCGUUUCCAAUCGAGUUAUGGCGCGAAAGUUAGAGCGGGAGCAGAAAACAAAAAGGAGGGAGGGGGAAGGGAGAAGAGGAACCCUCCCCCUCCCCUGUCCUUCCUUUUUUUCUGCUCUCGUCCCAACUUUUCUCGAUGAACUCGCGCGGAAACGUUUGCUACGCAGGCUAUAAAAUUAGUAAAAUUGCCAAGUUUGAAAGUGAUAAUUUGUUUAAAACUAAUGAAUAUGCAGCUCCUCAAUGUCGCGAAAUUUUACAGACGUUUGUAUGGUGGGGGGCAACAAAUUAUCACUUUCAAAUUUAGCAAUUUUACUAGUUUGAAGGCGCUCUUUUCGGUGGAUUUUCCCUAACUGGUCCGUAUAAAAAGUUGAAAAAACCGUGAAAGGGUCUAUUCCAAGAAGACUAAACCAUCAUCUUGGUCAGUUUCAUUUAAAACUUUUCGCCUCAUGUAAGGUAAUCCAGACUCAGGCAUCUGGAAAUGUUUGCUUGAAAAUCCGGAAUCGUUGAAAAAUGUUUGCUGGUGGAAUCCGAAAUCCUGGGCUUUGGAAUACAGAAUUUAGCUUACGGCAAUCUGGAAUCACGCUGACGAUUGGAAUCUACAAGGAAUCUAUAAUCCAUUGCUGGGAAUUCGGAAACCACACUGUUAGCCUGUGUAGUAAGCGUUUCCGUUUGGUUUCGAAGAAAAGAAAGACCGAGGAACGGGAUUUUCGGUAUACUUGCGCCAUUUUUCGCGUAGUCUUUGACUCUGGUUCCUCGUUCUGUGCUCCUAAACUGCACGGAAACGCUUGCUACGCAGGCUUCCACACCGCGGAAUCCAGAAUCCAAGACUGUCUUGGAUUACAGUGUACGUUUUACAUGGGAGAAACAUCACACACCAUGACACGUGUAUUGUUUAUACGAAAGACCUUUACAAGAAAUCCUCGGAAAAACUCAACGUGAUCAUUGUUUAUAAAGCGGGAAGGUUUUUUUUUUCGUUUAGGUGACAAGGCAGAAUUGGUGGGAUGCCGCCACGCCUUCCUCGAUGCGAUCCUGUCUGCUGCGUUUAAAGGAACAUAGUCAAGAAAACGGUGUUGACAAGUUAACAGUUCCCCGUCUGGGGACAGGAGAGGACAAGCUUGAUUGGCCUAUAGUGAAAGGGAUUAUUGAAGACGUUUUUAGAGACACAGACAUCAUUAUCACCGCUUACUCAACACGGUAGUAUUUUUUGUCAAGGUACGAAGGUGUCUGGCAACUCUAGUGUAUGAUGUGGAACCGUAUCAUGGGAGCAAGAGAGGUUGCAGUGGCGGAAACAAGUUAUCUGAACUGAUCGAAUAGAAGUUUUAUGAUUUUGCGAUCGGGAGAGGGC